AUGACUUCUAACAUAUUAUCCCUAGGGGAGGAUAUUAUCAUGCGUCAUCUUCUUCCUCAAUUGGACUACGAUGACAUUGUACAACUUUCCAAGGUCCCAAAUCAUGAUUUGCACCAGAUGUUACAAUCUUCGUAUUUUUACCAGGUACUCUUCCAGAAACAGUUUGGAGAUGAUAGUGCCACUCCAUGGCUAUCGUCAACUGCCAAUUGGCAUGAAUUGUACAAGCUCCGGUUAUCAUCCCAUCUUUAUACCUGGGGUGAUAACGAGCGAGGAAGAUUGGGCCAUACUAGACAAGAUUUACAAGCACCAAGGUUUGGAAGGUUUUAUGUUCUGACUCCAACAGAAGUGAAAAGUUUUCUUAGUGGUGAUAUAACUGAUAGUCAUGACAUCACCAUGGUUGAUGUUUGUGCCGGGGGUUUCACCUUUCAUGUGUUGACGGGGGAGAACAACAUCUUCACCAUUGGGUACCAAUUGGAAAAAGACCCCGGAACUUAUCCGCGUGAACCAGAUUAUAAUCCAUUAAUUGAGUUCUACAGAAGACAAGAAAAUCGGAUCCCACGUUUUGGAGGUCAUUAUGUUAGAAGAGGACCUGUAAACAUCCGUUCCUUCCCACCGCAAUCAUCUGAACCACAUGAUACUAAUCCUUGGGGGCAAAUACCAGCAAACGAAUUCUAUUCCCCAGCAGCCUUAGCGGAGAUCGAGCUUAUGAAGCUGAAAAAGCCGACAAUCAAAUUAUGUGAACUUCCAAGAACUCCAAAAACUAAAAACACCAAGAUCAUUGGGAUUAGCAGUGGCAGAACCCAAUUUAUUGCCUUAGAUAACCGCAAUCAGAUCUGGACUUGGGACACCGGCGAUCAAGAAUUCGGGAUCAGACUUAAGUUUAUCAACCCAACCACCAAAAAAUCAAUCAUCAAGGAUUCCAACAUUAAUCGCAUCACGAAAAUCUCUGCUGGAUGGGGGAUUUCCUCGUGUUUUGUGUUCGGAGUAGGUAUUGUGCUUUGGAACACUAGAGAUCCGAUCAAAAAAGAAGACUCGCCAGAUAUUGCCCUAAAUGCCAAUUAUAGAGUGAUCAGUGGCACAGGAGAAACUCAUAAUGAUCGCCAAGUAGUUGAUUAUUUCAUUGGUGACGGAUUUUUAUUAUACAUCACUUCCACAGGGAAAUUGUAUCGUAUGGACAUUUCCCCUGAGAUGUUUGAUUCAACAAUACAACCUCAACCAUUCGAAGUGUUAUCAUUCAAUGAACAUUUAUCGAAAACAACUUUGAAAUCAGGUACCGGUUGUCGGUUUGUGAAGAUCUCUGGAACUUUUUGUAAUUUUGCGGUAUUCACCAACGAUGAUCAAGUGCUCAUUGGGGAUCGAGAUUCCAUCAACUACGACCAAUUUGAUUUCGAAAAUCGUACCUGCUCUACAAAAAGCAAACCACAAAUCUUACCGGAAUUACAAUACCAAAAGUGUAUCAAUAUCAGUAUGGGUGACUAUCAUUUCAUGGCUCUUUUCAAAGAUGGGUCAAUGGCUAGUUGGGGUCUUGAGAGUCAAUCUUGUGGAAGUUUGGGAUUAGGUAAUUGUGAAGAGAUUAAUGAGAAAUUCGGGCCAAAUACUGCUGUCAUGGAAGGUAAUUGGAGAGACAUGCGGGUCACUAAACCUCAAAGAAUUUCUUUGCCAAAUAAUAAAGUGGCUUUGGCAAUUGCUGCUUCUGGUUGGCAUUCAUCAGCAAUCAUCGCUACAAAGAAAUAA